GAAGCCGUUAAAACUGGAAUAUAUUUGCUAAAGAAAGCUGGGAUCACGAGCAAAUUAAAAAUAUUUUCUUGUCCUUUCUCUCCUCUCCAAUUGCCCCAUCUUGAUUGUUGAAUCUUUCAAUUUUUGUUCAUGAUAUUUUCUGUUUUUUUCUCUUUCCGAUGGAGCGUUUCAGAUCUAGGUCAUGCAGGGAAGGGAGGAUACAGAUGGAGGGAUACCAUGGAGACAAGGCGGCACCUGCAAACAUGAAAGAUUUGAGGUCUUAUAGUGUCAGCAACGCGGUUUCUGCACAGCCAAAUCAAUUGGGCAACGAAGUGAAGAUCAAGAAAGGGAAAAGCAAUCUUGGGUCAUUUUCAAAAAGAUGGAGUUUCAAUGAUCCUGAGCUGAAAAGGAAAAGAAGGGUUGCUAACUACAAGGUCUAUGCAAUGGAGGGCAAGAUGAAGGGGACCUUAAGGAAGAGCAUUAGGUGGAUCAAGGACACUUGCACCCAAGUGGUUCAUGGAUGGAGGUGAUCCAUGACCACUUCUUCCUAAAGACUACACUGCUUCAGCGUUGUUUUGGAAGAGAGAUGAUGCCGUGUGAUGUAUUUUCUCUUCUGGGAAUUUUAAAUGCCAUUAUAUAUUUACAGCAAGUAGUAAGCUUUCUUCUUUGUGCUCCAUGGAAGCCAAAUCUAUGGGAAUUGAGUUUUAUGUUUACACCGCCUUUGCUUGAUAUUUCACUCUCACUUGUGAGCAAGAUCUAAACAGAGUGGACUGUUCCGAA